AUGGACGCAGCAACGAUCGAGGAGACGAACCGCAUCCGGAUAUCGCUGGGCAUGAAGCCCUUGCCGGUGCCCGGAGCUGCAGCAUCGCCUCAAGCCGAGGCGUCAGAUGGCGAGGAACCAGCGAGCACAGUCGAGACUCGCCAGGCGCAGGCUUACGACAAUUAUAAAAAGGUCCAGGAUGACGAAGCUGCCAAGAAACGACGCGAAGAGAAGGCCGCUGCCGUACGAAAAGCCCGUGAAAAGGCCCAGCGAUUUGCGCUUCUCGAAGGGAAGGGGCUCGGCGAUGAAGAUGAAGGUGGCGACAUGGAUGCCAAGGCAUGGUUGAUAGGCCAAAAGAAGAGGCAAAAGAAGAUCGAUAAAGCAAGGAAGCUGGAGGAGGAUCUUGCUGCAUCAGAAGCUGCCGCUGCCGCUGCCAUACAAUACACUUCCAAAGACCUUGCUGGCAUCAAGGUUGCACACGACUCGACAGCCUUCCUAGACGGAGACGAACAGGUCCUUACUUUGAAGGAUACAACGAUUGACGAGAAUGAGGAAGAGGGAGACGAGCUUGAGAACCUAAACAUCAGAGAACAAGAGAAGCUCACUGAGAGACUGGAUCUCAAAAAGAAGCUAAAAGGCUACAACCCUAAUGAUUAUGACGACGGCGAAGGCACUAUUCUGGCACAAUACGAUGAGGAGAUUAACGGCAAAAAGGCAAAAAAGUUCACUCUUGAUGACGAUGGAGCUAUUGCCGAGCUAUCAGAUAUCCUUGAUCAGCCAGAGCGAAAGGGAAAGAAAAUCCAAUCAGUAAGCCUUGAUGACGUUAUAGAUGACGCCGUACCUUCAUCCGACUAUCUUGCUCCAUCAGAGAUCAAAGUAAAAAAGCCCAAGAAGAAGAAGGGGAGCAAGGGUACCAGGCAGAAACAGCAUGAUGAGGAUGACAUUUUCCCUCUAGAUGCGGCCCCAGCGGAUACUGGCGCUAUGGACAUCGAUUCUAAAGAUUCUUCCAUAGCUAAGAAGCGGAAGGCUACUGCUUCGGAUGUCUUUGCUGAUGACGAGGACCUCCAAGCAUCACUAGCAAUCCAACGGAAGAAUGCUCUGAAAAAGCGCAAAAGGACACGUCCUGAAGAUAUCGCAAGACAGCUCAAGGAGGACGAAGAGGAGCCCGAGGAAGCACAAGGCGGUGGUCUGGUAAUUGGGGAGAUUUCCGAAUUUGUCGCCGGCUUGAGCAAGCCAGACGAUGAGGACCGCCAGUCAAGGAGGCAGAAGCAAGUCACUAAAAGUCCCGAAGUGGAAGAGGAUCGCCAUAUGGGUGGUGAAGAUGAAGAUGCAGAAAUGGACGAUUACGCAGCAGAACACCAAGAAGCCCUCCUGGCGGCCCAGAAAGAUGAAGAAGAGAGGAUCAAAAGGGAACAAGACGAGGAAGAAGAUGCAGGCAUCGAAGAUGAAAAGGUUGUUGGCGAGGGCAUGGGUGCAGCUCUCGCAUUACUUCGAGAGCGAGGACUUCUUGAAUCUUCCAGAGGCGGAAAUUAUGAAGACUUCAAAGCUCGCGAGGACUUUCUUGCAAAGAAGCGAGUUUUGGAAGGCGAGCUGGAUGAACAAACACGACAACAGAGAGAGCGUGAUAGGAUGAGCGGCAGACUAGACCGCAUGUCCGUCAGGGAAAGGGAGGAAUGGGCUCGUCAGCAAAACACUCACAGAGAUCACCAACAGUCUAAACGGAUGGCUGAGCUCUUUAAUGCUGGCUACAAGCCAAACGUCGAGCUGAAAUACGUCGACGAUCAUGGCCGGAGAUUGGAUCAAAAGGAGGCGUUCAAGCAUCUCAGCCACCAGUUCCACGGAAAGGGCAGCGGCAAGGGCAAGACGGAGAAGCGCCUCAAGAAAAUUGACGACGAGAAGCGGCGCGAGGCUCAGAGCAUGUUCGACGCAAGCCAAAAUGCCGGUAUGAAUCUGGCGACGGCUCAGCAGCUGAAGAAGCGUAGGGAAGCGGGAGUUCGGCUCGGUUAA